AUGCGCUGUCUUCACCUUCUGGCACUUUGUGGCUUUCCAUUAGCUUUAUCUUGCCCUUCGGAUCCUCGUAUCAAAGCCGACAUACGUGCUGAUACCAACCGCGACGGACAAGUCGACCUCGACGGCUUUUCGGACACGAAUGGCAAGACGCGAUGGACUGAAAAGUCCGGUGCCAUUUUCCUCCCCAACAUUGGCGAUACGGGUCGACGCUGCUCCAAGCACGCUCUCACGGUUCAUGCUCUCACUUAUCAGGCGGCCAGCAACGAGGAGCUUGACGAGUGCAACAAGGAGCUUGACGAUUGCAACGAUGCUUCUGACAACACCCAGAGAUCCCCCGAAUAUCUUGCACCCCUCAAGACCGUCCCCAUCACAACCCUCUUCGAAAACGCAAACGGUACCGUUACAGUUCCCGAUGCGACACAGCGAAAGUUCGAGCUGCAAGCUGGUCUUGACCUUGGCAUUGAUGCUCGUGAUACCAGACGUCCCGACGUUUGGGAUGGACGUGUCACUGUUCGCUUCACCGUUCAAGUCGGAGAUACCAAGUCAUCUGACACGAUCAUGUUACGUGUUGCACCCGUGCUCACGCACCAUCAUCUCCAAAAGGUCGAACAAGUCCUCGCCAGCCAGGACAACGACAACCCUUAUCUUGUCUACUUCACCAACAUCCUCGCCUCAAUUGUCAAGGCUGCUGGCUUGAAGAAAGAUCUGUACCUAUUCAACGAAAGAAGUGGCAAAUGGGUCCAAGACUUUGUUGAGCCAGGCUACGCAAGCAUGCCUGGUCCGAAUGGAACAGUAUCUAUCCGGAUCAUGAUUCGGUGUCCCGGCGAUGAGCGAGAGGGUGGUAGACAACUCUUUCUGUAUUUCCGAAAGGCUGGAGUUGGUGCAGUCCAGCAUCUCGGUAAAAACGCCUCUAAUAUCGAUGCCGGUGGCAACAUCGAAGCCAUUCCUCCCUACACCUUCAAGGGCAAGAGCUGGCCAGCUGGGCGUCUCGUCCAUGGCAAGGAUGACACCGAAAAGCACCAUAUUCUUUCUUACCUUGAAGCUCAAGAGACACAGAAGCCCCUUCUGCUCGAUACUGCCUGGCUCUCAGUCGGUCAUGUCGAUGAGUUCCUCCAGUUCAUUCCCACUAAGAACAAGCGAGGUUGGGUUGCAGUCAUCAGUGAUCCUCGAUUAGCUAUCAAGCUUCUUGAAGACGAUAUGGGGUUUAUGAAGCUGAACAAAGAGUGCGCUCAGCGAAUCGACGGCAACAUCAAGAUUCUGAGGCGGGAAAUUGGACUUGCUGAUGAGGACAUCAUUCGCAUUCCAGCUUUGUUCAAUAGAGAAGACUCCUCUGAAGGUGAUGGCUCGAAACUCGAAGUCGGGGCAUUCUACCCUACUAUCAUAAACAACCUCGUUCUUACUAGUUAUAACACUUGCGUUGCACCUAACCCAUGGGGUCCAGUUGUCGAGGGUAAGGAUGUCCUUGCUAAGGUAAUUAGCGACACGUAUGCCAAGGUUGGGAUGAAGAUCAAGUUUAUCGAUGACUGGGAUAGUCAUCAUGAGGAUCAAGGGGGAGUUCAUUGUGGCACCAACUCAAUUCGAGACAUGUCUGCCCGGUGGUGGUGA